UGAAACGUAGCGAAGCCGCUGCUGCCAUCUUGGGUGAGGGCAAUGAGGCCUCCGCCGCCAACUUGAGCGCGGGUGCGGGACCCGGUGCGGGAGACCAGGCGGCGAGGCCGCGGGCAGCGGGGCGGCCCGGGCCCGAGUGAAGGAUGCCGAGGAGGAAGAAGCCUGCAGAGGGCCUGGAGUCUCGAGGUCAGGAUGAAGAGGAAGAGGAGGAAGAGAAGAGGAACCCAGCCAAUGCCAAGAGGAAGCGCAGUUUUGUGGAUGCAUUUAUUGUUAUAUCUGACAGCGAUGGAGAGCAGGAGUCAAAGGAAGAGAGUGGCUUGCAAAAGAAGAGAACAAAACAGCUGGAUCGAAUGAAGUUUGCUGCUAAAAGAAAAAUUGCACAGAUGACUGAAGAGGAACAAUUUGCACUGGCCCUGAAAAUGAGUGAGCAAGAGGCUAGAGAAGUGAACUGUCAGGAAGAGGAAGAGGAGGAGCUCUUGAGGAAGGCCAUUGCUGAGAGCCUUAGUAGCUGCCAGCCCUCAGACUCGUCGACUGCAUCUCCUCAGCUGUCAGUGGAAGCACUAGAUUCACAGGGCCAAAGCCAGCCUGCUGAGAAAGAAGGCUCUGAGAUCCUGGGAGGCCUGGCAUUCUGCCCUGACACCCCUCCCUCUGACUGCAGCUCCCACUCACAGAGCUCCAGAGCUGAUGGGAAUGGACAGAUGGAUGUCGCCCGGAGCCCCUUGGUAGUGUUGAGGAGGUUAAGCCAGGAAAUCGUUGAAAGCUCUCUAGUAUCCAGCAUAAUCGUGUCUCCGGGGAAGGGCCAGCCAGUGACAAGGUCAAGUGAAAAGUCUUCCUCACCAGCAAAAAGUGAUUCAAGUAACGUGUUACCCAGCACUCUGGGAGAGGACUUCACGUCUUUGAGUCCCACCUUUGGCAGGGUGGCUUCAGGAGGAUCCUGGCGACUGACACCUCGGAGACUGUUCACCAGCCCCUCCAGCUCUUCUGAAGCAGCAGGCCACGAACCAAAAGAGCAGCUCCUGCCCUGCACUGGCCAUUCUGUGGGAGAGGCUGGUGCUGGGAGCUCAGCCACACUCUGGAGGAGCAGCACCACAGAACAGUGUGACAGCCCCAGGAGGAGUGGUGGAGGAGCAGGUACCAAACAGAUCUCACAGCCUGGGCACACUGCCAAGGUCUGUGUUGCCACAGAGCAAGCACAGCAGAACGAGGGGUCUGGCAGUACCCCAGAUCUUUGCAUGCUGACUGUGGUGGAGGAGAAGCACAAACAGGAGGAGGCAAGAGACACAGUGCACUAUUAUUGGGGCAUCCCCUUCUGCCCCAAAGGGGUGGACCCCAACGAGUACACCAAAGUCAUCUUGUGUCAGCUGGAGGUUUAUCAGAAGAGCCUGAAGCAGGCUCAGAGGCAGCUGUUGCAUAAGAAGGAGUUUGGUGACCCAAUUGUGCCCAGUUCUUCCUUGAGCCAAAACGAGCUUGGGAAAGAAGAGGAGAUAAGCAGGGAGAAUGGGGUUGCUGAUGGUACAGAAGAUGGAGACACAGAGGGACAGGAGUCUGAAAAUAAUCCCUGGCUCCACCCUUCAAAGAGGAGGGACGCAGAGAGCCCAGGGCACAGCAUGGAAGAAGAGAAGAACUCCACUUCUGAUGAUGAACCGACCACCAGCUACUGCCAGCCCUCCCAGGUACUGCCUGCAGAGGAUGUGCCUGAAGAUGGGGAACCCAUGCAAAUUGCACAGAGUGCUGAAGAGGAAAGCAGGGAGGAGGAAGCCAGACGGCACUGCCUAUCAGCCAAAGAUAGAGUGCAGUGCUCCAGAAAAUCCACUUCAGCAGAUGACAGCAUCUCCACAAUGACCCCACUUGGCAGUAAAAGGAGCCCAGGUACUGCCACAGAAAACUCUGCUGAAGAAGAGAUCUCUAUUUGCCCAGAGACACAGCCAAGCCCACUGGAAGCUGUUGAGGAGGAGAGUGAAGAGCUCUGUUUAGACAGCAGAGGUGCACCUAUGCAGGUUGGUGAGGAUGAAGAUGCUGGCAGCACUGUGUCCGAGUGCAGUGCUCCAGCUGCUGCCCGUGUGUCGUGCCCGCUGUGUGACCACAGCUUCCCAGCUGGCGAGAUCGAGGUGCACGCCAUGUACUGCAACGGCGCAGCGGGAGCGGAGCCUGGCGAGGAUGCUCCAGGUCUGCCGAGUGCUCCUUCCACGUGUUUGCUCCUCGUGCUCACCCCCUUCCCUCUUGGUACUUGGCAGGCAGUGCUCACCCGGCGUCAGAGAGAGGCAAGAAAUAAAGCUGCCAGUGGUAAAAGCAGCCCACCAUCCUCAGACAAUGACAAGUGUGAGAAGUGCUACCUCUGUAAGUCACUGGUGCCACUGCUGCAGUAUCAGAGGCACGUGGACAGCUGCCUUCAGGCUGCCAGGCAAGCUCAGGGAACCAGGAGGCUGCGAAGAGCCAAGGACACUGGAAGGCAGGAGAGAGGACUCCUCAGGAUGCUGGAGCUCUCGGAGAGCAAGUCUGAAGGUGCUGACACGGAGACUCCCCUCACUGGAUUAGGAGACCAACAGUCCUCUCCCACACUCUCAGCUGCUGAUGGGGAGCUGUCAGCAGACAGCCCCAUCUCCCUUCAGCACCGUCCUUUCCAUGUCUCCCCUGCGAAACCCGGCAUCUCCUUGGAAGCCAUGGAUGGUGUGGUGGACUCAGAGCUGCCCGUGGCUCUCCAUGGAGGCAGCCAGCAGCGGCCCAAAGGCUGCCGCCGGAGAAGGCACAAGUUCUGAGGGUGGCAAUGCUGCAGGGACCCCCGGCAGCUCCCUGUGCCCUAGCGAGGGUCUUCUUGGCACUGUAUCCCUGCUUCACCUGCAGCCUUUGUCUCCUGCUCCCCUUUUAUAUGUUUUAUACGACCUGUGCUGGGAGCGCUGGGUGGAGAAGUGACUGUGUGUUUUAUAGGUGCCUGUGCAGCUUUGCUCUCUCUUACAGAAAUGGAAAUAUAUUUAUGUAUGUUUUUAUGAAACUGCA